AUGUCGACUGGAGUCGACAAUCAAAACCAUAACAGCAAAUUCGACUACAUAGAUUUGACCACCCGCCACCGCUCCAUCUCCCGGAGUGACGGAUCGCAGUCUAUUGAGUUUCGUCAAUCCUCCAACAAACAACCUGUCAACAUGGGACAGACCCAGAGAUCCCGUUACUUGAAGACGGGGGCAAUCAUUGCCUUCAUUUUUAUGGUCCUAGUGUGGCUCUCCCCGUCCCAGCCGAGCGCUUCAGGGCUUACCAAUGAGCAAACUCCUUCUAGCAGUGGCGCAUCCACUUCAAGAGUAUGCACCAAGCCAUUUGAUUCAUCCAAGCCUCUUAUUCAGUACGCUCUCAUGAUCGAUGCUGGUAGCACUGGGUCCCGGAUUCAUGUAUACCGAUUCAACAACUGCGGCCCUACCCCAGAACUUGAGAACGAGGUGUUCGAACAAACGAAAAAGAAGGAGGGAGGCUCCGGUCUCAGCUCGUUUAGAGAGGAUGCCGAAGGCGCAGCUCUGAGUCUGGACCCUCUUAUGGAUGUUGCUGUGAAGUCGGUUCCUGAGGAGUACAGGUCGUGCUCUCCGGUUGCCGUCAAGGCCACGGCCGGACUUCGUCUUCUAGGUCCUGAAAUGAGCGACAAGAUCUUGGAAGCCGUUAGACACCGCCUGGAGACCGCAUAUCCCUUCCCUGUUGUCUCCAAGGAGAAGGGCGGCGUACAGAUCAUGGAUGGUUCGGAUGAGGGUGUCUACGCCUGGAUUACGACCAACUACCUGUUGGGCAAGAUCGGUGGCCCAGAUGAGACCCCCACAGCCGCUAUCUUUGAUUUGGGUGGCGGUUCCACCCAGAUUGUCUUCCAGCCUACCUUUGAGCAAAGCAAGGCUGGUGGUAUGCCGGAGCACCUCGCCGCCGGUGACCACAAGUAUGACCUCAAGUUCGGUGGUCGCCAAUUUGAGCUAUACCAGCACUCUCAUCUAGGAUACGGUCUCAUGUCUGCUCGCGAAGCCAUGAACACUGUGGUCGUGGAAGCGAUGCUAGCUCAGAGUCCCAAGGACCUGUCUUGGGUUGAGCAACCUAUUUCCAACCCCUGCAUUGGCCCUGGGAUGAAGAAGGAAGUUACACUCAAAUUCCCCGCUGAUCAUCCCCUGGGGCCUCAAGUCACAGUGAGCAUGGUCGGCCCGAAGGACAAGUCUAUGGCCCCCCAGUGCCGUGCUAUCGCUGAGAAGAUCCUGAAGAAGAGUGGCGAGUGUAAACUUGCACCCUGUUCUUUCAACGGCGUGCACCAACCCUCUCUCGCGAAGACUUUCGCCCGAGAGGACGUGUACAUCUUCUCUUAUUUCUUUGAUCGCACGGCUCCUCUUGGCAUGCCUGAAUCUUUCACUCUGGAUGAGCUUAACCAGCUGACCUCCACCGUAUGUGCUGGCGAGAGCGAAUGGAAGGGCUUCGAGGGUGUCAAGUUCGAAAAUCAGGAUAAUGCGCUCGUGCAACUUCGGGAUCGUCCGGAUUGGUGUAUGGACCUCAGCUUUAUGAUGGGUCUGUUGCACACCGGCUACGAAAUGCCCUUGUCCCGCGAAGUCAAGAUCGCCAAGAAGAUCAAGAACAACGAGCUGGGCUGGUGUCUUGGUGCGAGCUUGCCUCUUCUGAGCCAGGAAUCCGGUUGGACUUGCCGCAUCAAGGAAGUUGUCUAA